AUAACAAAAAGGGUUUCACGGGAGUGAGGCGACCUCGUUCUUUCAGGCUCUUCCAAGGCGGCGGCAGCGGCAUUCGACGCUCUCGCAGCUCAGAUCUCUCUCGAUCUCUCUCGAUCUCUCGGCGCUAUCAAGAUGGCUCUAUCGGUUGAGAAGACUGCCGCCGGGCGCGAGUACAAGGUCAAGGAUAUGUCCCAGGCGGAUUUUGGAAGGCUGGAGAUCGAGCUCGCUGAGGUCGAAAUGCCGGGCCUUAUGGCCUGUAGAACCGAGUUUGGCCCCGCGCAGCCAUUCAAGGGAGCUCGGAUCACUGGCUCGCUCCACAUGACGAUUCAAACGGCUGUUUUGAUCGAGACUCUCACGGCCCUUGGUGCUGAGGUUCGCUGGUGCUCGUGCAACAUCUUCUCCACCCAGGACCACGCUGCUGCCGCGAUUGCUCGUGACAGCGCCGCGGUGUUUGCAUGGAAAGGGGAGAACUUGCAGGAGUAUUGGUGGUGCACUGAGCGUGCUCUCGACUGGGGUGUUGGCGGCGGCCCAGAUCUCAUUGUCGACGAUGGUGGCGAUGCCACUUUGCUCAUCCACGAGGGUGUCAAGGCCGAGAAGGAGUUUGAGAAGAAUGGAACGCUGCCGGAUCCGAGCUCCACCACUAACCAGGAGUUCCAGAUCGUUCUUGGUAUUCUCAAGGAGGGCCUCCAGGUCGAUCCCAAGAGGUACCACAAGAUGAUGGAGAGGCUUGUUGGUGUUUCUGAGGAGACCACCACUGGUGUCAAGAGGCUCUACCAGAUGCAGUCGAAUGGAUCGCUGCUCUUCCCGGCUAUCAAUGUCAACGAUUCAGUCACCAAGAGCAAGUUCGACAACCUUUACGGCUGCCGACACUCUCUCCCUGAUGGACUCAUGCGAGCAACUGAUGUGAUGAUCGCUGGGAAGGUCGCAGUCGUCGCUGGAUACGGAGAUGUCGGCAAGGGUUGCGCCUCAGCAAUGAAGGCCGCUGGAGCUCGCGUCAUUGUGACCGAGAUUGAUCCAAUCUGCGCUCUCCAGGCUCUGAUGGAGGGUCUCGAGGUGCUGACUCUGGAGGACGUUGUCUCGGUGGCUGACAUCUUCGUGACAACCACUGGAAACAAGGACAUCAUCAUGGUGGACCACAUGAAGAAGAUGAAGAACAACGCCAUCGUGUGCAACAUUGGUCACUUCGACAACGAGAUCGACAUGCUGGGCCUUGAGACAUACCCCGGCGUGAAGAGGAUCACCAUCAAGCCUCAGACCGACCGCUGGGUGUUCCCGGAGACAGGCACCGGGAUCAUCGUCCUUGCCGAGGGUCGUCUCAUGAACUUGGGCUGCGCGACCGGGCAUCCCAGCUUCGUCAUGUCCUGCUCUUUCACGAACCAGGUGAUUGCGCAGCUAGAGCUGUGGAACGAGAGGAAGUCCGGCAAGUACGAGAAGAAGGUCUACGUUCUUCCGAAGCACUUGGACGAGAAGGUGGCGGCGCUGCAUCUGCCCAAGCUGGGUGCCAAGCUGACCAAGCUCUCCGCCGACCAGGCCGCGUACAUCAACGUUCCAGUGGAAGGUCCAUACAAGCCCGCCCACUACCGCUACUAGAGCGAGCGCGCGUCUCUCCCCGGAUCGAACGGGAGGAACCGGGAGGUACUCGAGCAAAAAACUCCGAGCUUUUAAUCCUUUUUCGUUCGUUACUAUUUCUUACGAGAGUGGCAAUGCCAAGCUCUCGCGUUUUGUCUCACUAAAAGUUUCUUAAAAAUAACGAUGUUUUGGGCUAA